AUGUUUGGUUUCUAUGUAGUUUUUAUUCUGCUUAUAGCAGUGCAUGAAAGCAGUUCUCGUUGUUCAAGAUACAAAGAUUGUCACACAUGUGCAAGUCAUAAAACUUGGAGUAAUAGUCCGUGCAGGUGGUGCCCUCUCGAUCAACAAUGCCAUGCAAAAUGGUCGCCAAGAAACCAUUGCAUCAGGGUAAGAGUUGGCAGCCGGUCGCAAUGUGAAGAAAAGAACAAUGGAAAAUUUUCUUACAGCCCAGAAGAGGCUUAUAAACUGGCACUGUUUUCUGCAAUCGCAUAUUCUGACGAACCAGCCGAAUGUCUAAUAGUAUUAUUUCCAACAAGUGACUACACCCUGUUUUCGGUGUAUGUGAAGAAAUGUGACGAUUUUUAUUUUGAAUACGACAAGCAGUGUAUGGCUUUUGUAACAUUUUCAACCAGGAACCAAGAAAUCAUUGUUGCAUAUCGUGGAACAAGAGGCGUGAAACAAAUUGUUGAUCAAGUACUAACAAUCAUAGGAACACCUUCAGUGCCCUCUGCUGUCGGCGGGAAAGUUCAAAUGUACUUUAAUAAUGUUCAUAAUAAAUUUUAUCGCGACAUUAAAUAUCUAAUUCAAGAUUUGAUGCAGUGGUUUCCAACGUACACGGUCAAACUGACGGGACACUCACUAGGGGGCACUGCAGCGUCCAUAACAAGUGCGAUGCUUGUAAAGGACAAGGUGUUGAAGCCCGAACAAAUUCUUUUGUACACUUUUGGUAUGCCUAGAGUUGGAAACAAGCGGUAUGCCCUGGCCCAUGACAAACUGGUUCCUCAUAGUUGGAGAGUUGUUCGAAGUGGCGAUGCCGUUGCUAGGUUACCAUUCUGCAGGCUAGCAACAUGUUCCUUAUUCAAUGGGCCGUAUCACCAUGGAACUAAAGUUCUGUAUACUGAAUCGAAAAUGAAUAAAGAGUCAAAUUAUGUCGUCUGCAACGGAAAUGAGGACUCCAAAUCAAAAUGCAUGAACAAAAGCCGGAGAAAGAGAGGUGCAGUGAAGAACAUGAUUAAUAGACACAAAUUCUAUUUCAAUAUUCCGAUUGGUACAUACUGUCGUGAUCAUAUCUUGAAUCAGUCAUAA